AUGGAAGCUGAACUCGCCCAACUCAAAGAACAAGUUGCUGUUCUCCAGAAGGAAUUGACUCGUGUCUCCGACGAGUCCGAGGUCCGAAAGACACACUUCAAAUAUGGCUAUUACCUCGACAAAUGUCUCUAUAACGAGGUCGUCGACCUCUUCUCGGACCACCCAGACACCUACGUAGAGUUCCUAGGUGCCCGCUACCGAGGCAAAGAAGGCGUCAAGCGCCUCUACCAGGGCCGUUUCCAGCAGUUCUUUGUCAAGGGCCGCAACGGUCCCGUGCAUGGCUUCUUGCUGGACCACGCCAUGAUGCAGGACAUUGUGGACGUGGACCCGAGCGGGACGCACGCCUGGGUGCGCAUGCGGGCGCUCAUGUCUGCCGGCACGCACGAGAGCAUCAAGGACGUCCACCCGCGCGGCCACGUGCAGUGGUGGGAGGGAGGUGUCUAUGAGAAUGAGUAUAUCAAGGAGAAGGGCAUCUGGAGGCUGUUUCGGUAUCGGUAUUUUCCCUUCUGGCACGGCGAGUUUGAGAGCGGCUGGUCGCACACUAAGCCAAACUAUGUGCCCUGGCCUACCAAGACGUUCCCAGAGGACCCCCUUGGCCCGGAUGAGAUCCUAGAGCAGAAGAUGCUCUGGCCUGACACGCGUGUCAUCCCCUUCCACUAUCCGCACCCUGUGACGGGGAAGAAGAUUCUUGAUGACGACCUCCGCGCGCCUGGGUGGGGUGAGGACGUCUCGACGUCGGACAAGCCGUUGACGCUGCAGCUGCCUGACGGACAGAAGCGCGAGGGUGCAAAGGAGGGGGUGACUGAGAGCGAGCCUGGGACCAAGAUCCUGCCGGAAUUGUUGCAGAAUAAGGCUGUGAAUGGAGCUUAA